AUGCCGUUUCAUCAUGUAAGAGGAGGGCUGCUCUACACAGGCAACUACCUGAGUAACUCUCUUUCAGAGACCAACGAAGAACAACUGGCAAACAUCUCGACAGAGGAGCUUGGUGAGAUCCGUGAAGCGUUCCGGGUCUUGGAUCGGGACGGGAAUGGUUUCAUCUCUAAGCAAGAGUUGGGUAUGGCCAUGCGUUCUCUGGGGUAUAUGCCCAGCGAGGUAGAACUGGCCAUCAUUAUGCAGAGACUGGACAUGGACGGUGAUGGCCAGGUGGACUUUGAUGAGUUCGUGACGAUUCUGGGGCCCAAACUCCUGUCCUCCGAGACCAGAGAAGGUUUCCUGGGGAGCACCAUAGACAGCAUAUUCUGGCAGUUUGAUAUGCAGCAGAUGUCUCUGGAAGAGCUAAAACAGGUCCUGUUUCAUGCCUUCCGCGACCACUUGACCAUGAAGGACAUUGAGAACAUCAUCAUUAACGAGGAAGAGAGUCUGAAGGAAAACUCAGGGAACUGUCAGACCGAGUUUGAAGGAGUGCAUUCCAAAAAGAAGAACCGUCAGACAUGCGUACGCAAGAGCCUCAUCUGUGCUUUCGCUAUGGCCUUCAUUAUCAGCGUCAUGCUCAUAGCAGCCAAUCAGAUGCUGCGAAAUGGCAUGGAGUAG